AUGCCCGGGAGCCUGGCGGUCACCACCAAGGCGGUGGCAAGGAUGAUGCGGCAGUGGAACUACCGGGAGGGCUCCGGCCUGGGCGGGCAGCGGCAACGGCAAGGGAUCAUCGCCCACUUAGAGCCCGUGGCACUGCCGCGCCGGAACGUCGGGAUCGGCCAUGACGACACACCGCACGACAACGGGCUGCAGAACACGCCGCCGGUGGUCGAAGACGAGUGGUCCCGCCGGUGGCGGAACCUUUCACGAGUGCUGUCCCUUGAACGUGAGUGCUUCGACAAGACCCUCGCCCUGCUGCAUUCGCUCGAACUCCAAGGGGAUGGUACCGCGGAAACGGCGGGCGCGCUGGCGGCGGUCGUCGAGUCGGCGAAGGUGUUCGAAGGGGAGCGCACGCCGGGGACGUGGAAAGCGUCGCUGCCUCCUGCCACCAUACGCUACAUCGUCGAGGAGGUGAUCACGCCGAGGAUGGCCGCUGACGCGCGGGAGUGGGAGCCGCUGUGGAACCCGAACUGCCAGCACUGGCUACGCCCGUGGAUCCCCCUCGUCGGGCACUUGCCGGACAGCCUCUACGACACGGUGGAGAGCAAGAUCAUCAACCACGCCGAUCACCACCACAUCGUCUCGUCUUUGAAAAAGUACCUUCACCCGAUGCAAUGGGACGCCUUUGCCCGGCGUCACAUCCUGCCGAGGCUCGCACGGCAGCUGCGGGAGCUGAGGAUCACGCCGCCGAAGCAGAUGGACUGCUCGUUCAGCACGGUGAUGGGGUGGGAGCCCCUAGUGCGUGCGCAGGACAUGGUGACCAUCCUUGAAGCUGAGUUCUUCCACCGAUGGGAAGAGGCGCUGCUCCACUGGCUGCGGUCCGCCAGGCCGUCGUUGGGGGAGGCCGUCGCGUGGUGCGCCGGCUGGAGGAAUGAAUUCACGCCGGAGCUGCUCGCGGACGAGCGCGUGCGCGCGCAGCCUCGAAGCCGGCGCUGCCAUGGUCGAUCGUGA